UCCAUGCGCGCAGUGGUUGUCUGGUCGACUGUAAUUUUCAUGGUGCCAGGCUCCAUAUUUUUCACUGACAUAUGGUGUCAAACAGGCAAAUAACCUCCAAAUUAAGUGUCAAAAGUGCCAAGACUGUUCAAGUUUUUCCAGUAAGCUAAAAGCCGACAAUAUUCCCCACGUUUGAUUUACAAUUCUGGAGUUGAAUUUAUCAUCGAAACGCAAUGGAAAAGUCGGACGUUUCAUUAAAUUCCUUCACUUGCAUUACGUGUCACGUGGCUUUUAAAAAUGCGGAGCUCCAACGAGAGCAUUACAAAAGCGACUGGCACCGCUACAACCUAAAACGCAAGGUGUCCGAACUACCGCCAGUCUCCGCCGAAGAUUUCCAACGCAAAGUGUUCAUGCAACGAAGUGUUGAAGAGGAGAAGAAGCAAGAUAAAAGUGUGCAUUGCCAGAUCUGUAGGAAGCUGUUCGGGAAUCAAAACGCAUACGACAACCACUUGAACUCGAAAAAGCACAAAGAGAAUGAAAAGGAUUACGUGGAAGUUGAUUCAAAACCCGCGAAAGAGUCAGAUUCAGACAUUGAAGAGGUUGACUCAGACGAAUGGGACGAAGAGUCCGAAAACCCACUUGACAACAACGACUGCAUCUUCUGCCUCCACCACAGCAAGAAUUUCCUGAAGAACUUGGAGCACAUGACUGUGGCGCACUCAUUCUUCAUUCCGGACGUAGAAUAUUGCACUGAUGUCUACGGCUUGUUGCAAUAUCUCGGCGAGAAAAUCUCAAACGGUUUCAUGUGUUUGUGGUGCAAUGAAAAAGGCCGGACGUUUUAUUCAGCGGACGCAGCUCGAAAACAUAUGCUUGACAAGGGCCACUGCAGAAUGCUUCACGAAGGAGUGGCUCUAGCCGAAUAUGCAGAUUUUUACGACUAUUCAACGUCGUAUCCAGACGCUGAAAGCCAUACAAAUCCGGACGAAGAAGUGGCUAUUCCAGAGUUAGAUAGUACAGAAUACCAGUUAGUGCUACCAUCUGGAGUUUCAAUAGGCCAUAGAAGUCUCAUGCGAUAUUAUAAACAAAAUAUUGGACACAACUCUGCGAUAGUUUCCAAACCUUCAAAGCUGCACAAAGUCUUGUCCUGUUACCGAGCGUUAGGCUGGACUGAGACGCAACAAGAAGCAGCGGCAAAGAAAGCAAGGGAUAUUCACUAUUUGAAGCGAAUGCAAGCCAAGUUUAACCUUUCGUUGGGGAUUAAAGGUAACAAACUGCAAAAACAUGUGAGACCACAAGUCAACUUUUAAUUGUGUAUGGUAUCGUACAAAAUAAAGAACACAUAAAAAACUUUA